UACGCCGCGCCGCAACCAACAGCCAAUACGGUUGCCGUCAGCUGAAGAAUUUAGCCAGGAAAGAAGUGGAAGAAGAAGAAGAAGAAGCUGCCAAUGCCAAGGGCCAGGAAAGAAGUUUUUAGUUUGGUUUAGUUUAGUUGCACGUGCCUUUACCACACGCCGAUUUGAUGGAAAAUCCGUGAAAUCACCGGUCAGCUGAACAGACAUUCACCAAAUCUAAUUUGUCCCCACGUUCGACAGUAACCCCUCUCUCUCUCCCCCCUAAACCCCACCGCCCUGGUUUCAUACUCUCUCGCUUUUAGUUUUAGGUUUCCUCUUAAACCCCACCUGUUCCUCUUUUUUUUUUUUUUUGCUCUAUUUUUUCUUGCUGUUUUCAUGUUUCUCAUUCGGAGAGAACCAAAACGACGCUUCCGGGAGAGAAAUCGUGCGAAGAGGAAGUAGAGAAAAAGAAAGGGAGAGGUUGGUUGAGCUCCAAGGAGAUGGGGGCACUUGCUUCAAUCGUCUCCUGUUGGAUACCUGAAGAUGACCUUUUGUUGAAGAACGCUAUUGAGGCUGGUGCUUCUUUGGAAUCUCUUGCCAAGGGUGCAGUGCAAUUCUCUAGAAAAUUCACUGUUCGAGAACUACAAGAACGAUGGCAUUCUCUCCUUUAUGAUCCAGUUGUUUCUGAGGAGGCUUCAUCUCGCAUGAUUGAGUUUGAACGUUCUGCUUCUACCCUGUCUUUGAGAUUUGGCAGAACAGGAAAUCCAAAAGAUAAUAGAAGCUUGUCUGGGAAGAGAAAGUCUGAGAGUGUACGUAGCUGUUACUAUGCAUUGCGUAAAAGAAUUCGGAAUGAGCCCUUUAACUCAAUGGAUCUGAGUUUUCUUAUUGCACCUAAUGAUGGAAACUAUGUUGGGAUUGAAGAUGAGCCCAUACCUGGUAAUUACAUGCUUGGAAAUCCAGUCCCAGAUCAUUUUGGAAUUCAAGAAACAAAUAUGAAUAUUAUGCACUGUUCUUUUCCGCAAAUAUUAGGAGAUGGUGGUGCUGCAACCAGGGAUGGGUGCACAACGGAUGGCUUUCAGACAACCAUUCAUAAGCAAGAUGAUGAUGGUUUUCCUGCAGAGCCAGUUAAUAUACAUAAGGAAAUUCCUCAUAUACUCGGAGAGAAUCAGUUUCUUGUUGAGAGUGGCUCUGGCUUUGAGGAAUUGCAUCAACCCAAGGAAUUGCCUGUGCACAGGUUGUUUGAGGCUAAUGAUUUAAUGGUAAAACCUUCAUCUGCAUUUGACCAAAUUAACAAUGACCCAGAGAAUAUCCUCUCUGAGUUUGAGGGUAACCAGGUCUUCAACUCACCAAUUGUGGAGUGUGGGUUGUCAAUCUGGAGAACUGACGAUGGCUUGUCUGCAUCUGCUAUUCCCGCUGGUGAUGGUCAUGGGGAAAAAGACCUGCAUGCAGGUGAUAUCUAUGCACUUCCUGGUGAUGAUGUUGCUAAAAGCAAUCAUGUAUCAGGACAUGAUGUUGUUGAUACAGGAUCCCAGUUGGAAUCAGCAAUACCAUGUGAGGAGUUGGAAAAUCAAACGACUAAUACAGAAGGUUACUUGGUGGAAAUAACCAAUACCCUUAUGAAUGAUGAACCCUUUUUCAUGGAUGUCGAUGCAAAAGAUGUGAUUGAUAAGUCUUACUUUGAUGGUCUGAGCUCACUUUUGGCAAGUUCUCCAACUAAUGGUGAUCAAGAUCAGAUGCCUGAUUUAACAGAACCGACAGAAACUCAAGAUAAUCUUGCAAAAGUGUCUUGUUCACGUCUUGGAGAAUUGGAUGAAGUUGCAGGAUCUUGCACUGCUGAUGGGCCUGUGUCUCGCAAUUCAGAGGUCCUGAUGCUUUCUUCUGCAUCAACUUCAGAUGGUCAGUUCCCUGAACUGACUAAUGGCAUCAUUUGUUGCACAGUAAACACUGAGGACCCAGAAAUUCCAUGCAACGAAGAUGUUGUCUUCGCCAAACAGCUGUGCCCAUUGGUAGUUUCCGCAACACGACAGAAUUUCAAAGAAGCCAGCAAUCCAUUAUCUGCAUGUGCGAAGGAUUUUUCUGGGGGUCAGAAAACUAGUGAGGGAGGUUCCCUCCUUGGCCAGAGAGAUCAGAAAGAUCUAGGGCAAUCUCAUGGGUCUUCUCAAAUGAAAGCAUCAAAGAUGAUAGCAGAAAUGGGCCAACUCCAUCCAGUUAGUGAUUGCAGAGUUAAAUGCAAGGAUUCCCCAUGUGUAGCACCCAGAAGUGACGGUUUUCUAGCCAAUAAUUCAGCUCAAAUUAAUUCCAUAAAUGUUAGUGAAGGCACUCUCCCACCUACACUGACAAAGGAAAAGAGUGAAGAAUUUGUACUGGGAAAGCAUCGGAAUCAUAGUUCAGUUGAUUCUUUAAUAGAGAAACCAGCUCUUUGUUCUGAUAGCCACAACAGCUAUCCACUUGUGAAUUCUUCUGCCAUUAAACAAGAAGUGGAUCCUCCAGAAAUGACUAGAGAUCACCAAGCUUCAAGUGCAGAGGUGGGAUCCAUGGAUAUUAUUUCUCCAGAACCAGUUGUCGAUCCUCCACCACCAGAUCUGGAAGAGUUAGUGAUUGAAAGUGAUGAUGAUGUUCCUUGUUUCUCAGAUACUGAGGCAAUGAUCCUUGAUAUGGACUUGGAUCCAGAUGACCAAGAUUUGUGUGAUCAGGAAGUUGCUAGAUAUCGGCAUGAGGUCACCAAAAGAGCAAUUAUAAGGCUGGAGCAGGGUUCCCAUUCUUAUAUGCAAAGGGCCAUCGCAUCGCAUGGAGCCUUUGCCAUUUUAUACAGCCGCCAUUCCAAACAUUAUAUUAAGAAACCUGAGAUUUUACUUGGUAGAACAACAGAAGAUUUUGUUGUUGACAUUGACUUGGGAAGAGAAGGGUGCGCUAAUAAAGUAUCACGGCGGCAGGCAAUUAUCAACUUGGAAGAAGAUGGAUCUUUCCAUCUUAAAAAUCUCGGCAGGUGUUCAGUAUCGAUAAAUAGCAAGGAAGUAGCUCCUGGACAGAGCCUGAUCCUUAAUUCCAGUUGUUUAAUUGAGAUAAGGGGGAUGCCCUUCAUCUUCGAGACAAACCAAACUCGUGUGAAGCAAUAUCUGAAUAGUGCCACAAAGAAAUGUUAGAAACUCAGGAACCCCAUGUUCAAUAUGAGGACUCUGUCAGGAGUUGCUCCUUGACACUCGCACUUUAUGGGGGACUGGCGGAUUUACCACUGGGGCAAUUGCUCCCACUAACAUCAGAAAACAAAAAAAACACUUUCUGUAGUGUAUAUGUCAUUACAACAAGUUUAAGAAAAAUUUUACUAAUUUCUUUUGUCUUCCCAUUGAAAUUCAGCUGGUAUCUCACUUAAAUCACUUUACACUGUGCUAAAGAAGAUAUAUAAACCUGGUAAUUAUUUUGUC